AUGGGCUUCAUAUCCACCCUAUCACGCUGCAUGCGCAAGAACCGCCUCUCCAAAAGACUCUCAUCAACAAGCACUGAACUUCACGACGAAGACUCAAACGACCUAAUCAAAACAACCUCUGGAACAGUCUCGACCAGAGCAAGCAUGGACUCUACCUCAACCAUGGUCCACCACUCCUUCCACGAGCCAGUGCUACCAUGCGAGUCACCAGCAAACCGUAUGAAUACCAGGCCAGAGAAUGGAAACAUGCAGACCUUGCUCGAUGCCAAUACCACCCCUUCCCAGCCAACAGAUCGCGCUACCAGGGUGCUGUCCAGACCCGCGUAUCCCAUUCUGAAAUUGGAUUGUCGCUCGCCUGUUGAGGCGCCGAGGAGGGUGCUACAAGCGCCUGUUGAGAUUACGAACAAAGCUUCAGAAAAUGUUGGUUAUUCCGGAAAGGGAGCUUCGAGUGUUUCGUCCCCGGUAACAGCCCAGAAGUGCUUUUCGCCUGCUGAAAAAUGUGUUUCUGAGAAGAAGGAUAAGAUGUCUAUGUCGGCUUUGUUGAAGAGGCAUUGUGGGUUGAAUAUCCCACGCUCGUCGAUUUCGAUCAAGACUUCGUCGCGUGGUCUACAAUCGCCAAAGUGGUUGGAUUCGGCGGGGGUUACAGAGGAGGAGGGGUUGGUGGAGAAGAAGAAUGAGAAGUGGGUUGAGGCCCAAGAAGAGAAAGGGAGAAAUAGUGUAUUGGGGGGUGUUGGGUUUGGGAGAUUGCGGUAA